AUGGAAAAUGAACAAGAUGAAGAAGAUGAUGAAGAUUUAUCAGAAAAUUCAUUUUAUCAAACACAAUUACAAACGGUACAAUUAAGAAAUAAAUUAGUUAAUCAACAACAUUCUGGUAGUCGAGCACCAACAAUGACAAUUGAUGUUGUACGUGUUGGUAGACCAUUGAAAAUUUUAGCUCUACUCUUAUCAUUUAUUAGUUGUUUAUUAUUUAUUGUUGGUUCAGUGAGUACAUCAUGGAUUCAUAUAAAAUUUAAAUCAAUUGGUUUAUUUCAACAAUGUGAUGAUCAUUUAUUAAAACAAUCUAAUCAUGUUCAAUUAUCAAUGAAUACAAAUAGUAAUAAUAAUAAUAAUGGAUUAAAUGAAUUUGAACGAAUUUGUCAAUUUCGUAAUUUUUUAAAUAUUAAAAUAAUGAUGAUUAUUAUCUUAGAUUUGAUUGGUUUAAUGCUAACUAUACUUGGAAUUACAUUUCUAUUAAGUGGAAUAUUUUCAUUGAAUCUAAAACGCAAAAAGACAUUUUAUCGUGCAUCAAUUAUUUUACAAAUAUUUUCUUGUAUCGCUAUGUUAUCCACUUUAAUUCUAUUGGUUAUUGAAUGUUUAAGCGAAGCAAAUGAAAAUUCUCUAACUGAAACUCAAUCAUCAAUGAUUACAGUUGGUUGGUCAUUGAUUAUUGUUUGUUGUGGUAUUGUGAUACUUGGCAUUGCAAUAUGUCUGAUUUUAUUUGAUAAAGGUGGUGAAGAAAUUGAAUAUCGUGAAACAAUUCAUCGAUCUUCAAAUUUUAUCGAAGAAUCAUAA